AUUUUGUUGCCGCAGAACAGGAGUCGAUUUGGUUCGUUGGGUUGUGUAGUUUUGUCGAUGUGUUGAAGGUUUGGAAAACAGGUCAUUUAUCAUUUUAUUUAUGUCUUAAAUUCUCUUAACAUGGCUGCAAAUCUCCCUUACGAAAUAAGCAAGUUUCAAGAGCAUUCGCGGCUUCUAAAGCAAAUAAAGCGAGAUACAAACAGAUACUUUCAGGAAAUUCAAGACUCAGGGCAGUUCAGCGAAGAUGUUCUUGCUGCCUACUUUCCGGAAAACGAAUAUCAGUCGUUGGCAAGAGUCUGCGAGAAACCUCCAACGAUUAUUGUCAUCGGACAAACAUGCUUUGCUAAAGUCUGCGUGAUAAACGAACUCCUUGGCGAACCUGUCCUUCCAGUGGUCGGAGAACUCGAUAGUCGGACAUCAUGGCGGAUGAUUCGAAUAAAGUAUGGGAAUAUUUCAAACGUGAGCCUAGUUUUACCGGAUAGUUUUGAACUAGCAGCGAACCUAGAUGCUUAUGAAGGUUCAUGGGAAUGUGUACCAAGAGCAGACCUCGAAUUAACGGAGGUCGAAAGAGACGAUCCCGCCAUGGCCAGCGCAGUUGCAGAGGUUUCGUUGAAUCAUCCCUUGUUGAAAGCAGGCGCCGAGUUAGUUUGUUCCCCAAGCAACCAGGAAGGCGAUGUAGAAAAUAUAUUUCGAGCCUGUUGCGAGGAUGUUCUUCCAAUCGUUCUUUACGCCAUAGAGUUUGAUAUCUUGACAGAAAAGGUUGGUAAAGUCUUAUGUUUCGUCAAUGUGAAACUUCAUCUAAUUGUUGUUGUUGCGUGGUAAUGGGUUUGAUUCCGUCCGCGCGUGGUUGAGCAGGUUCUGCUGUGUAAAUGAUACAUAGCGUACGAAACUAAUCGAAAUUAAUCUAAGGACUUUGUUCUUUGAAUAUUGUUCGAAACGAACUUUUAUUGAAAAUUGCCCAAUCAUGUAAUUGUAAUUAUUCUCAUUUGAAGUCUGCGCGAAUUGACCUUUUCCUCUGACAGUACAUCAAUGUACAAUGUUUGUUUCGCCUUUUGCCUGAGUAGACGAAGCUUUCAUCGUGCUUUGUUCUGUCAAACUCAUAGCAACUCCUGGAGAAAUGGCCACUUAAAGAUCAUAAAUAACUCUUGUUAAAAAUACAAUGACGCAUACACUAACUUAUGUUCUAUUGACUGAAUAUUUAACCAUGCAUGGACUAAUGUGAGGUCUUGGCAUAAUGUCAAAUUCUCCUUUCGUUUCGCAAGCAAAUAUGGGGCAAGUUAGAAAAAGAAUCUAGCAUUUUCGAGCUUUUUCACUCACACUCCUUCGAUUAUUCCGAAACGGUCAUGAACAAUUUUGUGACUUGAAGCACUUUCAAAAUUUAACCGAUUUUUGCAGUUGGACCGUGACAACUACUAUUUAAUAAUCAAGAUUGCAUAAGCUAUGUCUGUCUUUUGAUAACUUUGACUUUGACUCUGUUUCUGGUUAAAACCAGCUUUCGAGACAGAUUACAAUCCAGGAAAAUCUAGUUUUUAUGCCCUGAAGGUUUUAGUUCGGCUCGAUUUCCAUGUCCCAAUUUUUUUUUCAACCCAUACUUAAUGAACUGUUAUAACUGUGGGACAUUUAGCAGAGAAUUUAGUGAACUUGAAAUAUUUUUCCUUGAGGUGUUGAAUACCUGUAGGAAUUUUGGAUGAGGCAAAUUUAAAAUUGCUGUAAGGGGAAAAUCCUUGAUAAUGAAUAAAAGUGUUAUCCCUCCGUAGUAAACACUUAGCUGUAAAAAUGUCAUGUAUGUGUGCUGCUGGCAAGGAUACAUUUAUCUUUCUUGUAUUUACAUUUGUCUACUUCUGCUUCAUGUAGGACAAAUCAGAACUCCUUCAGGUGAAAGCUCUAGCUCCAGACAUGGCAGUGUUUUUUGUCAAGUGCAAUAGAAAUCCACCUGCUGAACUUACAGAUUCCAUGACAGAAUCUGGGCGCAAUGAGGUCCUUGAUAACUUGAGUGAGAAGGAUGAUGGCUUAGCUCCUGGACUCGUUAAUGUAGAGAAAACUGUAACUGGUGAAGAAAAAUCAAAGACUAGUAAGACAAGGCUAUUUGAACAGCUCUGUGAGUUGAAAUACUUGUCAUUAGAAGAAAACAAUGACAAGUUACUAGACAGAGGUUCACAGUCAACAAACUCUUCUAUCUUGGCAGCCACGCGGCCUAAAUCAAAUCUUAUUGAAGACUUUUCCCUUUUUCCCUGUUUUUUGCUUUUUGUGCGACAAGUACUUCAGUACAAUGUGGUCUGGGCAGCAACAGUUCUGAAUGAAGCACAUGUCAGAGUUCUUGGCAUGUUCAUCACUACCGCAUUCAACAUGGCCCGGGACAUGGUCAUCACCCCUCGAAGACUGGAUUAUGCUCGAGAGAAAGAAGAAGACCUGUAUAAAGCCCUUAUGGAGAGUGCCAGUAGAAAGCAGGAGGAAAUUAAGGACCUUAUACACUCAGCUAUUUCCUCACUUACAGAACAAGUAUUAAAAGAAGUUGAGGAGUUGAAAUUUGAAGGAGUAAAACUUGUUGCAGACGAAGAACUUGCAAAUCCUAAAGAUCUUCAGUACUGCACAACUGUCAUUCAAGAGCUUGUUCUUGCAAGAAUCAACAAUUCUGUGGCCCAAGGGUUGAUCAGUUCUGUUCGGUAUCUGCAAGAUAAUUUUGUUGGGACUCUAAAAAGGUGCAUUGAGAGCUUGGAAAAGAUGGAUUUAGAAGGAAUCCAUGAGAAUGGAAUAUCUGCAACAUCAUCCCUGAGACAUGUGAGUACUUUGUACAAGUUGCCAUCCUCUAAGUUCUCUCUAAAGCUUCUUCUUAUCUUGUCUUCUUCGUGAAUUUGCUCUUAUUAUUUCCAUGAUUACUUGAUUAAACUGGAAAUAUUUUGGUAAAGCACUGUGGGUUGGGAAGCAUUGGCAACAAGGGUUAUUUGGUAGGUUAAGAGCUAUAUAGGUGUAGAGCCAUCGAAAAGUUGAUUUUGCUUGGCUUUUUUUGCCCUGGUUUAGUAAGCAAUGUGUUGUGGGUCGGGAAUUUCAUAGAUCUAUUAAACUGUUGCUACUUUACACAACAUGGUUAAAAUUGUUGGCCAGGUGGAAUGUUAACCUUGCAUUUUUUUUUUGUAAUUUAUUAAGUUGGUUGCUAGGACACUGCAUAAGCUGUAGGGAACUAUAGAGUGUUUUCACUCACCUGGCCAGCAUAUAUGCCUAUUUAUUAUAACAGAAGAAAGCAUUUCCAUAAGAAAAGAGUUCAACUCCCAGGGGACUUGUUUGGGACACCAAGAUGGCCGCCGUUUCAUUGUUUUGGGACGCCAAUAUGGCCGCCAUGACGUCAUGUGAAAACACUCUAUAGUAUGCCCUUUUGCCACUUAAGAAACAAGAAAGAAACUAGGCCAAGCUCACCUUCGCCAAGACUUCUGGUACUGUUAAUAGGGACAGGGGAAGAAAUUGGUGAAUACAGUGUAGAAACAAUGCAGGGAGCUUUUCGGCUCCAGUUCUCUUUUUGUCACUAAAGUGGCGAAUGUUCUCCUUUCUGGGGUUCAUGCUUUUGGAAGUUUCAAAGUUAAACUAUUAGCUAUUGGAGCAAUCCUGACCUUCAUGCACAUGAACUUAAUUACAGCUGUACUUGUAAAUUAGGCUGAUACAUGUUAGCGAUGAUGGUGCAUAUAUGUCAAUUCUCCCAGAUUGUCCGGGAGUAUCCUGGCUACAGAUAGCAUGCAUUUGAUAGCAUGUAAUUCAUGUAAGACUUAAUAUAAUGUCCUAACCCUUGGAGGCCGGGUCAUUUGUGGGGUGGGGGCGGGGGGAAGAGUUGGUGGGGCAGUUGACAUUCCGGGAGGGUUGGGGCAAAAUAGAGUCUCCAGAUUUUAGAUCUUUGGAGAUUGGCUUCUCUGAAGUUGGAAAUUAUGUUAACCCUUGGAAUUUUUUAGUUAAAUAUAAUUUAUGGAGUUGGUUGCUAGGACACUGUAACAGUAGUUAAUUUUAGUAUGCCCAUGUUCUCCUGUAUGUUCGACCAGGUUAUUCACUAUGGCUUAGCAAAUGCAUAGACUAGCUUUGAAAAGCCCAAAAUGGGUAGUUUUGUGCUUAGUUAGCACAUUCCGAAAGUGUUGAAAGGUGAAAAGACAAGUCACUUAUGAUUGUGAUUUCAAUCAUCAGGUGUUGGACUCUGCAUAUCAAAUUGAGGUCACAGUGCGAGCGAGCUCCUCACUUGCUCGACUUUUGUGGGAAAAGAUGAAGCAGGCUAUCCAAACACUGCCAGGUCAAGCCCCUCCUAAGGUAGAUGGUGCCUGGAAAAGAAAAGUAGCACAAGACAUGCUGACAAGUCUGAGUGAAACUCGACUGGCAAGACAUAUUUGCUCACAGUUCAGACUACGCCUGCAGAGAUCCCACGAAGCUUUUGCCACCUCGCUACGAAUACUUGAAGCUCACCACUGUGGAAGACUUGAAAGAACCGAGGAGAAGCGGAUGAGAGUCCGAAAAUGUCAUGCUCCCAAAAUUGCAAGACUUGCUCUAGAAAGUACUUCACUGAGAGAUGUAGUGGUGUUUGGGAUGCCGCAGAUGGGUCGGGAAGUUGGACGGGGCCAAUAUGGGGUUGUGUAUUCUUGCGAACGGUGGGCUGGCCAUCAUCCCUGUGCUAUCAAAUCUGUCGUUCCUCCUGAUGACAAGCACUGGAAUGAUUUGGCCUUAGAAUUUUAUUACACAAGGUAAAUCCAAUGAUACAGCUGUACAAUGUGCCCUACGUGGAUUGGCUAUACCAGUAAUUUUCCUUUGUUGUGGGAAUCUCAGUUGUCUGACCUCUACUGGUAAUAAUUCUUCCCCUCUGUUUAUCAUUUCCCCACUUCUCACUACCCCCAUUCUACCCCCCCCUUGUGUUUACAAUCCAGGGGUAAGUAGUAAGUUUUAGGAGGUAGAACAGAGUACCGCCACCAGUGUACUCUGAGUAUAGUACCCACCUUCAAGCAACAGGCCAACUCUCAAUUUAACUUUCCCUGCCUACUCAACCUUGGGCAGCCUUCUACUGGGAUAAAAAAUCUAAUGAAAAAAAAAACUGUCAAAAAUAUACCAAACAGUGGACCUAAUGCAAUGUACAUGUGUACUCUGCCCAGUUUUUGUUAAUGGCCUGUACAGAUGAAAUCAAGUGUAUCCAAUACAUAGCUUUAAUAGGUUACUUUAAUUUCACAAGCCACAUAGGAAUUUGACGCUCAUAACACAACAACUGGAAACCUAGUCUGCUUCGCAGAGAUAAUUUAACUCCAGUAAGUACAUGUACAUGUAAUGUCUGCAAAGCAGUGCAAACAUACUUUUUCUUGGCACCCUACCGACUCAACAAAUUACCAGAAGUGCAUUUCGAAAAUCCUUUCAACUUGAUUGGCAAAUUGACAAUGGCUUUUUUAACAGGCCAGUCAUGGUGAGUACUCAAAUCCUGGUACACAGUUGAGGCCCAGAACAAGGAUUUCGUUACUGAUUCAUAGAUGGACUUAACCAGAGUUUAUUUUAAGGUGUGGCACAGGCUAUUGAAAAUCUUGAUAAAUCACAUAAUUAAUGGUAGUUUAACCCACAUUGCCUGAUAUGUACUGUUUAUUCACGCCAGGUCCAUUCCAAAGCACAGCCGUAUUGUGUCAAUCGUAGGAUCGGUGAUUGACUACAGUUAUGGUGGAGGGAGCUCCCCAGCCGUCCUGCUGGUCAUGGACAGGUUACAGCGAGAUCUGUACCAGGGGAUCAAGACUGGACUCAACUACCGAGGGAGACUGCUGGUUGCCCUUGAUGUGGUCGAGGGAAUUCGCUUUCUGCAUAGUCAAGGAUUGGUUCAUCGUGACAUCAAGCUUAAGAAUGUCUUGGUAAGCACAGCUGCAUACUGUACGUGUAGUUAUAUCAUUGAUUCAGUCUCCAUGUGUAGUAAUUAUUGAUCAUGCCAAGGGAGGAUGUAUGAAUUGUGUGGGUUUCAGUCAAGUCACUUGAAAGUCAUCUCGCCUAAAGUCAUGUCGCCCGAAACCAAAUUUUUGUUACGUGAAACUUAUAGUAAGGUCUAUCCAAAUGUCGGCUCCAGAAAGUAAGGGGUUAGAUUUUCAAGAAACUGCGCUGUGUACUCCAAUAGUCGAGUUUUAUCAACUUGGUUGCCACCAUGAAAAGAUUCAGCAGCUGACGUUUAGAAUGCUACAGGUAGCCUUUUGUCAGAGUGUAAGGCUUGGGUGGCCUGUGUAGCAGGCGUUCGAAGGGGAAAGGGGGACUCUGGCGAGGUAACAAGCGCGUUAAGUAGGAAUGGUUACGCGUACUUCCCCGCUUCCCUCGCGCCUGAAUUUCCUCCUCCCCUUCCUUUUCAAACGCCUGCCACACAGGCUAAGUUUCGGGUUAUCUUCUUUGUGGGAUAACAGAGGUCUCUAUUAGAUCUUUCAUAGAAUGUUGGCUUAUAUAGAGUGAUUGUUGGGAUGUUGACCCGAGAGGGAUUAACAGCACAAACUGAGAAUAUGAGGUUUUGUUAAGGAAUUGUUGGAUCAUAAUUGGGUGAACAGAGUUAAGGGCACAGUGCUGUGUGUCCUAAUAUUGUUUCCUUGCUUUUCAGUUGGAUGCUAGGAACCGUGGUAAGAUCACAGAUUUGGGAUUCUGUAAGCCAGAAGCCAUGAUGUCUGGCUCGAUCGUAGGCACUCCAAUACAUAUGGCACCCGAACUGUUUUCUGGUCGUUAUGACAACAGCGUGGACGUGUAUGCGUUUGGUAUUCUAUUUUGGUAUAUCUGUGCCGGCACUGUACGUCUCCCAUUAGCGUUCGAGCAGUGUGCAAGCAAAGACCACCUCUGGUCGGCCGUUCGACGCGGAGUCCGACCCGAACGUUUAGCGAACUUCGACGACGAUUGUUGGACUUUGAUGGAGGCGUGCUGGAGUGGGGACCCGAGCGGCCGACCGCUUCUCGGAAUUAUUCAGCCGAAGCUGAUUGAAAUCAUCAAGAGGGCAGAGACCCGCCGCGGAAACUCGGUUAAGCAACGCCAGCAAAGCAGGUCUUUCCAUGAGCUUGAAGUUCUUUAAUGAGAAAGUCUCGCUUGGACGAUGAACUAGGAGUCUGACAGUGAUCAGCUAAAUGUGGGGCCGGAGGUGUACAUUUUGUCCUCUCAGAGUUUGAUGGAAGGUCAACUCAGAUUAUUUUCUUUUGGUGUUAUUUUGGAUAACAUGAAGAAGAUGAGAAACGUUUGGAGGAAGAAGCACCUCAACAACCUACUUGCAUGUACUGGUACAAAGCUAUUAUCGACUGAAUAAAAAAGUUCGUCAGUUAUCGUAAUUAAGCUCAUGUUUAAUCUCAUGGGUUUAUCAAUAUUAAAAACUCGAGAUUGUGCUCAUUCAUUUUCUUUGUUCUCCUUUUUGGGCAGAAUGGGGCAUUUUUUACGCUUUUAUAGAAUAAACCACGAAUCUUUCAAGAGUUUGUGUUAAGCAGGAACGUAAACUUGAGUAAACAGGGAGACAAAAAUAUUUACCUUUUAUUCUAAAAUGGGAGAAGCUUGAUUAAGUAAAACUCAUGUUUGCCUACGUAAUUCUUAAAUUACGUUAAAUCCUAGAGUACCUCUUAAAAUUUUACGGCGACUUAAGUAACUUGGCCCCCUUUGUUUACGAUCGUUGGCGCGUCCAUUCGACGAGUUGUUGAAAAUGAUCGAGGAAUGUCUGUGACGUGUGCACGGAAUGGAAAUUGAUCGUAAUUUUUUGAGAACGUCCCUGAAUAAUGAAGAAGGUUUUGUUUUACGAUAUGAUGGUGAGUCUCGCAGAAGAACAAAUUUAGCGGUGGUCUUAAGUACUCAAAUUAAUUGUUAGCUCAAAGUAAAUUUUACGUCCAGUCCGUACUGCGCAGGCUCAACGAGUUUAUAUGGGUUUUUUUUUUUGUCUGGAAAACUAAUUUCUUUAUGUAUGGUUUCAUAAAACGUACCAAUUCGUGACGUCUUACAGAAAGUGAACUAGUUGUUGUCUUCCGCCAUCUUAACCUGCGAUGUAAAUUUUACUUUUCGGGUGGCGAGAAGCGACGAACGGGAAAUACGUCCGUGGAUCUGAGCUUUUCUCGCUGUGAAAUUGAAGAAAGAAACAUUGAAGUCGCUUCGCAGCCAGGAUGUGAUAAUAUCUCCAUGUGUACAAAUGAUGUACUGAGUUAUGUUUACGGGAAACUAUCUUGUGAUCGUAAAACAAUUCAAGUCUGAGCCUGCGCAGUACGGACUGGGAAUUAACUUCAACGUGUUAUUAUUAUUACUUUUUUAUGCCAAUCAAAAUCCGCACUAUGGUAUGAUGCGAUGUGUCGGUCGUUAGUGUUUUCUCGUAUCAAAUUGCACUAGUGUGAUAUGUUAAUAUACCUGGAACUUCACUUCAAAGAGAAACAAACUUGUAGGCUCUAAAGACGUUCCAGCUUAAUCUAGGUUUUGGAAUUGAAUGUGUAAAUAUUGGAGCAUCGGUCUAUUGCGAUGAAAAAGAAUAUUAUAUUUUUAAUAAAAUAUACUUGAGGGUUUUGCCUCUAGCGUAAAAGUACAUAAGCUUGGGAUCGGGGGAAUAAUGGAAGUCAUUUAUAUUUUGCUAUAACUGUUUAAUAAUUACAAAUCAGAAGUCCAUGAAUAUAGUGUAUAAAUCUCGCUGAUAAGUUAUUAAACAAAAUUCUCGUGCC